GCACUGGCAGGAGAGAGGUGUGGAGGUGUGGCUGAAGUGACAGGUGUUCGAGCCCCUCACACCCUCCAUCCAUUCGCCUCCUAUUAGCAUGUGCACACUAGCAAGGUGACGGAAGGUUAGCCUGGCACGAGGAACACGGGGGCCGCAGGGACGGGGAGAGGCUCUUCCUGGAGCACUGCCAAUGUGCCAUCCAGAUGUCUGAGUGUGCCAGCCCCCCAGAGAGUCCAGUGAUCAUCGGCAAGAUGGACCACCGUCGCCACCGGUAUCCGUGCUGCAUUGUGUGGACGCCUCUGCCCCUUCUAUCGUGGUUCUUGCCAUUCAUUGGACACAUGGGCAUUGCAUACUCCUCUGGAGUCAUACGGGACUUUGCUGGGCCCUACUUUGUGUCUGAAGACAACAUGGCCUUUGGCUGGCCCACCAAGUACUGGAUGUUGGAUCCUUACCGUGCACAUGGAGGUCCUGCUGCAUUUGACAACAGCAUCCAGCUCGCCUCACAGGAGUACCAGGGGAGGAUGCACAACUUGUUUUGCGACAACUGUCACUCACACGUUGCCAUGGCACUGAACCUGAUGCACUAUGAUGGCAGCUCCAACUGGAACAUGGUCAAGUUAUGCUUCCUAAUGCUGAUUCAUGGAAGAUAUGUCAGUUUCAUGGGAUUCAUCAAAACAUGGUUGCCAUUCCUCUUUGUUGCUGGAGGAAUCAUCGCUUUGGUUGUUCUGGUGUGAAGUGUGUUUGUCUGAGACAAGAAAGUCACAUACCCAAGCAGCCACACGAGGGGACUAGUGGCAGUGUUCGGUGAUGUCCACGACCACAGACUUGCGCCACCCGAAGAGGAAGUAGCCAAAGCCUGCCCCCAGGACCGUUGCUAUGCACAGCCAGCCAUUGUAUGUCAUGAAGAUUAACAUGAGGAAG